AUGGGCGACCAGGCUGAGGAUUCGAACCUGCACACAAUUCAAGUUAGGCUUUGGCAAGACCCACGUAGCCAAAUUCGACAAGAACUCUUCGUACCAAUGAAUCUACAAUACCAAGAUCCCAGCUGGAUUGGUAUUUCGUCAUCGAUGCCGGGCGUCACUGAAGUCGUGCCUCCUACUCUGCGCCAGUCAGACGAGUUGAUGAACCCUUUAGAGCCAAGCAAAGCACACCAAAAUUUGGGAAACGACAUCCAACCUAUUCAGUCUAUCGAGUCGUUCCCCCCGAGCUAUUCUGUCAUGGCUUCAGAUGCUCUGAACGAGACUUCUCGAUCAGGAAAAGGCACUCAUGAAUCCAAUGGAAGCAAAGCAACAUACUCUGAUGAGACGUGGGGCAUGUUGAAAGAGGAGCUACGCCAACUUUACAUCGAACAACAGCGGCCGUUACGUUCCGUGAUGAAAAUCAUGUCUUGGAGACGCAAUUUCAAGGCCUCGGAAAGAAUGUAUAAAGAAAAAAUCAAGAAAUGGGGAUGGAAGAAGAACUUGACUACGAAGAACAACGGAACGGCAACCAUCAAACCGCGGAAUUUACAGAGACUUAGAUGCAGAGCAGGUCCCACCUACGUCUCCAAUCUUCCUGGUAUUCAGGUGCCAAUGUCUGAUUUCUUAGCACCGGAUCAAUACGAGAAGAUCAAUAGAUCGAUUCAUGGGUACAUUGAUGGCCUCUUCUGCACGCUGAACCAGUGCCAAAAUGCUUCCAUAUUCAUUGUACUCAACUCGCAACGACAAGCCUUUUAUUCCAUCCACAAGCUUUUCGAGGAAGCCACUCUUCUUAUUGGCCACGAUGAUCCGAUGAUUUUGGUGAAUUUUUGGCCGAUUUGCAUCUCUCUUCUAGGACUCUGCGUCCGAAUGACAAAACAUAAGCUAGACAUCCUGUAUGAAUUCAUAAACCAAAUGAGGCAACGAAUUCUGGAUCGGCAUGGAGAUGGGCAUCCUCUGUUUUUACUGCUGGACUCGUUACGCAGAGUCCGAUCUCGACUUCUACCGACUAAAAUGACCCAUGCACAGACGGAGACCGAAUUUACCAAAAUGAAGCAAGCGCUUCAAAUUGGGUACGAGAUGACUAUCCGCUCUUUUGAAACCGUUAUCGGAGCAGAUCAUCCUAUUGUUCUCCAUAUGUGGACCACCUACUUCAGAUACUCAAAUACAGCGCGCCUGGAUCGGCCUGCCUUUUGGAAGAACUACAAGAGACUCGGCGCUCAAGCUAGGAAGCCCAACGUCCCAUUGGAAUGCACAAUGGCCGUACUCUAUCAGUACGCCUACGCCAUAUUGCAUGUCGGUGGGACAGAUGGCGAACUGAUUGCGAAGAAUCACACGCAGAAUCCGAAACCCAAAGGAAGAAAACGAAGAGCGGAAGCUUCAGUACCGGUUUCUCAAAAGUGUCAACAUUGCUAUGACAAUGCGCGAGACUGCGUUUGGGCCCGGCAAAAUGCGAAAAAGAAUCAAGAGAAGAAGUGCAACCUGUGCUUCCGCAUGAAACUCCAAUGCAAUCCAGUACAGAAGAACGCUGAUGGCACACUACCAGUGCCAGAACAGUUCGCAGACGUUCUAUUGGAACUUUCAAAAGAUCUCUAG